GACUAAGUCUCAGUGUCUCUGUGUGUCUCUGGUCCCUGUCUGUCUAUCUGACUCUGGUCUGUCUGUCUAGUCUCUGUCUCGGGUCUGUCUCUCUGGUCCUGUCUGUCUCUAUCUGUCUCUCUCUCUCUGGUCUGUUACUCUGGUCUGUCUCUGUCUCUCUCUUUGAUUUGUCUCUCUCUCUCUGGUCCCUGUCUGUCUCUCUCUGGUCCCUGUCUGUCUCUCUGUCUCUGUGGUCUGUCUCUCUGGUCCCUCUCUCUCUCUCUGGUCCUGUCUGUCUCUAUCUGUCUCUCUCUGUGGUCUGUUACUCUGGUCUGUCUUUGAUCUCUCUCUCUCUCUUUGAUCUCUCUCUCUCUCUUUGAUCCCCCUCGCCCCCCCCAUGUGUCCAGUCGGACCCUAUCUUUCAGGGGACACGUCCCCCGGUGUCUCUCUCUCUCUCUCCGUCAUGCUUUGAACCAGUGUAAACACAAACCAGUGCGUUCGCUCCGCCUCCUCCAGUCCGGCGGUGGGAGGGUUCAGACCUGCGGGGGAGCGGGAGCUCGGAGACGGCUGCUGGUGGUGGAACGAGCCGCUGGUUCCGGAGCUCACUUCAACCGGAGAGUCUUUAAAAAGGAGCUAGCUGUUAGCUGCUAGCUGUUAGCCGCUAGCUCGUUAGCUUCGGGCUACAACCACCCAGGGGUCGUGAACGCGCCUGCUCGUCCCCGCCUGCAGUGAGCUUCGUGUCAGUCGGGGAUCGAACAUGGUGACACUGAGCUCCGUGGUCCGCCCGCUGGUCGCCCAGCUGCACCGGCGGCUCCCCGGGCAGCUGACCCGGAGGAUCCACCCUCUCACCGGGGGUCGGACCCGGAUCACGCCGGCCAGGAGCUGCAACCUCUCGGCUUGUUCCAGCAAAUAUGUCCUGUCCCAUGUGCAUCCCAUGUGGCAGGGACCCCUGGCGAUACCAGGAGGCGAUCGCCAGUCUCCCAUCGACAUCAUCGCACGGAAGAGCGUCCUGGACACCGAGCUGAAGCCUCUGGUCCCCGAAUACGACCCAGACACCUGCCAGCAGAUCUGGAAUAACGGUUACUCCUUCCUGGUGGAGUAUGACGACACCACAGACAAGUCCACGCUGAAAGGGGGCCCCCUGAGAGACAAAUACAGGCUGUGUCAGUUCCACUUCCACUGGGGGGAGAGCAACGCCUGGGGCUCGGAGCACACCGUGGACAGGAAGCUGUUCCCUGCAGAGCUCCACUUGGUUCACUGGAACUCUGACAAGUACAGUCUGUUCGAGGAGGCAGUGAUGGAGGACAACGGACUGGCUGUGAUCGGAGUCUUUCUAAAGGUUGGAAAGAGACAUGAGGGUCUGCAGAAGCUGGUCGACGCUCUGCCUGCAAUCAGACACAAAGACAGCGUGGUGGAGUUCAACAGGUUCGAUCCCAAGUGUCUGUUACCGUCCAACACUGACGACUACUGGACGUAUCACGGCUCCCUGACCACGCCCCCUCUGACCGAAGCUGUCAGCUGGAUCGUGAUGCAGCAGCACAUUGAAGUCAGCCACGAUCAGCUGGCCGUCUUCCGGAGCCUCCUGUUCACCUCGGCUGAGGAGGAAGUGCAGAAGAGCAUGGUGAACAACUUCCGUGUGCAGCAGCCUCUGCGGGGUCGCACCGUCCGCUCCUCCUUCAGUCCCUUCCUGCAGGGGGCGCCAUCAGCUGAAGACGACCAUCACACUCACUGACAAUGCUGGACCCAGUACACACACACAGAAACACACACACAGAAACACACACACACACACAGACCUCUGUGAGCAAAAUGAAAAAUUAGAUCUCGAAAUCUAAUUUUUCCUCCAUGAGCAGAAAACCUACUUUUAAAGUUUCACCGGGGAAACUUCCAUUUCUUCUUCAUGCUGUUCAUUGUGUUAUUAUUACAAACAGUUUAACAUGGAGGGUCGAGGGAAACGUCUGUUUUAUGGGUAGUUGAGAUUCAUAUUUAGGAGACUUUCAGAUUUUUGGGGGUGGGUCAGGGAUGGUUACUGUGGGGAAAGUAUAUAGUUAUUAACAUGAGUCGUAUUUAUAAAACAUUUACAGUUUAUUCAGUUACUGUACAUGAGUUUUUAUCUGCAGUUUAUGAGCUGGAAGGUAAAAAAAAAACAGGAAAGCAGCUGAAUCAGCUCUGACGUCCUCGUGGAGAUGUUUUUAUUUUUCUUCCACGUCAGGACGAUGGAGCUGCCGUCAGUUUACAUCACGAGAUCUUAACAGACGAUGGUUUUAUUGCCUUGUAUCUCUCCAGUCAUAACUUAUUUCAUAUGAUCAGUUUCUGUUUUUUUACCAGAAAUAAGACUUUUAUUAACGAGUAUCGUUGGUUGCUGGGUUUAUCCUCAAUCGUACAUUAUCCAGAUGAGCAGAAUGUAUGUUUUCCACGUCUGUUACAAAGAGAUAUCGAAUUCAGAUCAUGUGACAUUGUUUUUUUUUUACAUCAUGUUGCUUUCAAACAAGCCUUCGCUUCUCUUCCUACAACCUGUUCAAUAAGUUACUAAUAUGCACAAACAUGCCAGGCCGCUGUAGCACAUGUACUUUAAGACUCUUAAAAGCAAAAUAAGCA